GUUUCCCAUAGUUCCAUUUGCAGGUUGACAGUCCCUACUCACAGGCUUCUUGUAAUGACACACAGAGUGGACAUACAGCGCAAGACAGAGGACGCUAGGAGGCUGCGCAACAUUGGAUCUCGUUGACUCAGCCAAGACAAUGUGGGAGAUUCCCUGUCCAAUGUAGUUAAAGUUAACUUGAAGAGGACAAGCCAUUAGAGGAAUGGCAAUAUCUAAGAAUGGCUUGACCAUAUUUUCCCUUCUAUUGACACUUACUAUUUUGGAAACAAGGAACUUCAUUGAAUGUUCAAGUCCGGUUUUACCGGUACAAAAUGGAGAAGAAGACUUUCUACCUCACACCAGGGAGAAAAGGAGUGCGCUGUUGGCUCCGGUUGAGUACACAGUGGAUGUGGAGCUGAAUGUCACCACUGUUGAGACGUUGGACUACCUUAGGAGCCUCCUGCACAACGGCAGCUUUACCCUGGCCUUGGGUCCCACUGUGAAUGUCACAGACGUUGACAUCACCACAGUGUGUUAUCCUAAUGGUACCAGCUUCCAGUGCACAUGUGAGGACCAGUAUGCUUGGUCCUAUAAUAACUGUCUUACAUACGGGGCGUGUGAUGAGAUCACCGACGAAUCAUGUGGGUGUAUCAACAGUAUCCCUGCCAAUGGGCAAUCCUGCCAGCCCAAGAAAGUACUUUCAGUUGUGUAUGAAUACCAGAUUUCCCUUGAGGUGAACACGACAAACGUAGAUCAACUGAGAAAAGACCUGAAAACAAUAACUUUCCCCGUCCCAAUCAGCAGCCAAAUAACCAUCUUAGAGGCUAAUAUCACUACAGUUUGCAGCCAAGAUGUGACUGGGUUCCAGUGCCGCUGUGAGGAUGACUACCUUUGGCCUUGUGACAAGUGUGCUGUCUAUGGGGAAUGUGAUGGUAGUACAAACAACACAUGUAGCUGCAUCAAAGCUAUUCCCAGAGAUGGACUGUACUGUCAGUCAAUACACCAUCAAAACGUUUCAGUGUGUCCUCGAACAAUUUCACCAUCAACAGCUCCUCCAGUUCUUUAUGAAUACAUCAUUUCUGUUGAGUUAAACACCACUAAUGUUACGCUAAUAAAUCAACUGAGGACCGUUCUGAGAAGCAUCCGUUGUAUCAAUGCCCUUCCUCCUGAUGGACGACACUGCCAGCCUGCUGAUCAAUACAACUUCACAGCUUGUCCUAGGACAACAACCUCUCCCCCACCUACAACUCCUCCAGUUUUUUAUGAAUACAUAAUUUCUGUUGAGUUAAACACCACUAAUGUUACGCUAAUAAAUCAACUGAGGACCGUUCUGAGAAGCAUCCGUUACCCCUUCAGCAUCAACAACCACAUACAAAUCUCUGAGGCCAACAUUUCUACAGUGUGCUCUCCUAGCAGUGGUGGUUACCAGUGUUUAUGUGAGGAUCAGUAUCGUUGGUCAUGUGACCAGUGUUUCCUGUAUGGAACCUGUGACAACAUCACUGAUGACACCUGUGGAUGUAUCAAUGCCCUUCCUCCUGAUGGACGACACUGCCAGCCUGCUGAUCAAUACAACUUUACAGCUUGUCCUGUUACAACUGCCUCUCCAUCUCCAACACCUAUUGUUACAACACAUCCAAACACCACCACAGCCACAUCAGCAACAACAUCUGCAGCCACCAAUUUAACAACAGUUAAUACAACAUCAACAACUGGAACAAAUUCAACACUUGACACUACUACACCCACAGCUUCACCAACAACUGCAGUAACCAAUUCAACACAAAAUAGAACAACAGAUUUACACACUACGACUUUUGAACCACCAACAACAUUUGUAACAAAUUCAACACCUGUUGUUACAACACAUCCAAACACCACCACAGCCACAUCAGCAACAACAUCUGCAGCCACCAACUCAACAACAGUUGCUACAACACCAACAACUGGAACAAAUUCAACACUUGACACUACUACACACACAGCUUCACCAACAUCUGCAGUUACCAAUUCAACCCAAAAUGGAACAAUAGACUUACACACUACAACUUUUGAACCACCAACAACAUUUGUAACAAAUUCAACACCUGUUGUUACAACACAUCCAAACACCACCACAGCCACAUCAGCAACAACAUCUGCAGCCACCAAUUUAACAACAGUUAAUACAACACCAACAACUGGAACAAAUUCAACACUUGACACUACUACACCCACAGCUUCACCAACAACUGCAGUAACCAAUUCAACCCAAAAUGGAACAAUAGAUUUACACACUACAACUUUUGAACCACUAACAACAUUUGUAACAAAUUCGACACCUGUUGUUACAACACAUCCAAACACCACCACAGCCACAUCAGAAACAACAUCUGCAGCCACCAAUUCAACAACAGUUAAUACAACACCAACAACUGGAACAAACUCAACGCCUACUGUUCCACCACCUGUGAACACUACAACACCCUCAAUGUCAACAACAAACUCAACAAUAGUAACUACAACAGAAGUGGUGAAAGUUAACACGACACCAAACACUGCAACAACUACUAGUACCAAGGCAACAACCGCUUCUACCACUGUCUCCACUAUCAACACCUCCAGCAGCUCAACAACCACGGCAGCUCCUGCUGCAUCCACAGCAGCGCCUCCAGUAUUCAAUGUGACGAUGUCGGUAGAACUAAACAAGACAUUCUCAACUGCCUUAAAUGAUUCAACAAGUCUUGAAUACAAGGAUCUUAAAUCAAGGAUUGAGUCAGUGUUAUGGGAGCAGUAUAAAGGAAUCACAGGGUUUAUCAGUGUUUCUGUCAACAGAUUCAGAAAAGGAAGUGUGAUUACAGAUUUUGGUGUUCAGACGACAAAGGUUGAGCCGACUGAAGUGGCUAAAGCUAACACAAAUAUCCCUGAUGCAAUGAAGUCUAUUGCCACAGUCAUUGGUUCAGUUACUGCAGAGUUCAACAGUCCAUUACCAAUCAGCGUACCAGAGCUCACGUAUACUGGUACAACCAUGGUGCUGACAUGUGGGCCUCCUGAGAUCAAUGUGGGAAACAUUAAUGGUUCUGAGUGGACAUUUAAGGGAAAGACAAUUACAGAAGGUCCAAGGAUUCAAAAAACUAAUUCUGGCAUGGUUUAUAACCUUAAAGUUGACAACGUCAUUCUUGCUGAUAUUGGACUUUACAAAUGCACUCUAAUGGGCAACGUCAUUAAUUUCAACCAACAAGUAGAUACAACAAAUAAAAUCAAACAAGCUCCCAUUGUACAACUAGAGAGUUUGGUUAACGUGUAUUGUGAUGGGACAGCAGGACAGAAAAAAACACUUGAGUGUUGCGUGCAGCCCUCCUUUACGGUCCGUUGGUUUACCUCAACUGGUGCACAGUUAAGUUCCAAUGCUGAAGCUAACUGUGUCAAGUAUGAUUACAUUCUUGAGAGCUGCAGCCCACCGAAAAUAAGUUUUGUUUGUAAGGUAGUUAACCUAGAGAAUUAUUCAAAAACAACAGAAAUCAACAUUUUCACAGCAGUUCCAACAUGCAUUGAUAGUCAGUAUGGGCCUGGACGAGUAGGCGACACAGCAAGCACAAAAUGUGCUGAAGGUCAGGCUGGGAGCAGGACUGCGGUCUGUCAGAAAACUGGGUGGACGCUUUUGAAGGACACCUGCAUCGUAACAGCAAUCAACGAAUUGUUCAUUUUUUCAACGAGUUUGGCGGAGGCUGAUGUAGCAAACUUUGUGGUGAAUCUAAGUACCACGGUCCAAAAAGAAAAAGAAAAAAUAGCAACGUCAGCCGCAACCAUAACAACUAUUGUUGACAUCCUAAACAGGAUUGCAAAUGUUUCCUCUGGUGAGGUCACUCCACCUGUGAUAGAGAAUGUACUUGAAACAGUUGAUGUCAUCAUUGGUAGUGACUCAAGACAGUCCUGGACAUUUCUGAAUGAAAAUAGAACCCGCAGUGCGAGCUCAGAACUACUCUUUUCAAUGGAGUCCCUGUCUGAAAGGUUGGUAGGAGCGCUUUCCCUUGAGACGCCACGGAUCUCGCUCAAUAGAAGCAUUACUUCUAACAACACCUUUACAGCCAAUCUGAACAACAGCAUUUCCAUAGACGUUCCAAACAUCCCCAGCAACAGCUUUUUCACCACCAUCACCUUCUUCACCCUUAAUAAUGUUAUGCCAGCACGAAACUCCAGCUUCAACACCACCAGCAAUGACACUGUCCCAGAUAAUGCAAUAAACGCUGCUGUGGUGCUAGCCAAAACAAAUGCAACAGUAAGGAAUGUUACUCUGCGCUUCAACAAGCUAAACAGCUCCCUGUUACUAAACCCACAGUGUGUCUUCUGGAACUUCACACAGUUUAAUCGGUUGGGGGUUUGGGACGAUGACGGUUGUACGUUUGUUUCCGAUAUAAACAACAUUGUGACCUGCAGAUGCAACCAUCUCACCUCAUUCUCAAUUCUGAUGGCAACAGACAUCCCUCCAGAACUGAGAGAAAUCUUAGACAUAAUCACAUAUGUUGGAGUUGGGAUAUCUCUGGCAAGCUUAGUUAUAUGUCUCAUUAUUGAAGGAUAUGUGUGGAAAGACGUUUCUAGAAAUAGCACGUCCUUCAUGCGUCAUGUUUCCAUCAUCAACACUGCCCUGUCUCUGCUGAUCGCUGACAUCUGUUUCAUUAUCGGGGCCUCUAUUGCCAAAAACCCCCUUGAAAACCCAGGGGAUGACUACAAGGUUCCAGUUGGACCAUGCAGCACAGCAACAUUUUUUAUACACUUUUUCUAUCUCGCCCUGUUUUUUUGGAUGCUUGUGUCGGGCCUUCUGCUCUUUUACCGCACGGUCAUGGUCUUCUCCCACAUGUCCAAAUCAACCAUGUUGGCCAUCGGCUUCUUACUAGGCUACGGGUGCCCUCUGCUUAUAGCCGUAAUUACUGUUGCUGUCACAGCACCAGGGAAUGGAUACAUCAGGGCAGACAAUGCUUGCUGGCUCAACUGGUUCAAGACAGGUGCCCUGCUGGCCUUGGCCAUACCUGCCCUGACUAUAACUUUCAUCAACAUUAUAAUUGUGAUCGUGGUAUUAUUCAAAAUGCUGAGAAGAGGUGUAGGAGACACCGCCCAAAGAGAUGAGAAGCAAACGCUGGUGGUCAUUGUCAGGUGUUUAGCCAUUUUGACUCCUUUAUUUGGACUGACCUGGGCGUUGGGAGUGGGAACCAUGGUAUCGUCAACCAAUAAGGGAAUCCACAUUGCUUUUGCAUUCUUCAAUUCACUACAGGGUUUCUUCAUUUUAGUGUUUGGGACACUAUUCGAUUCAAAGAUCCGUUCUAUCCUCUCAAGAAAAUUACCUACGCCCAGCACCGGCUCAAAUACAACCAGAAGUACAAGUGGAGGUAUUUCCUCUCUCAGUGGCCUAACCUGGAUCAAUCGACUGCGUAGAAGAAGACAUGUCUAUCGUGUGUCGGAAGUUGCAAACUCAAGAAGCACUGGUGCAUCGGAGUCCUUCGUCAAUAUCUGAAUUUACAAAUAAGACUGUACACAUAACAUUUAUUUAAUAACUGAUUCAAAAUAUGUGGCAGUUAUUGUAAGAUUUCAGUAAAAAAUCUGAAAGAAAAAAAAU